AUGCCCCAGUCAUCCACGUCGCCUUGGGCGUCUCCGAUUGUGGUGAUCACCAAGAAGAAUGGAGUAGAUAUUCGCCUUUGUAUUGAUUAUCGAAGGGCGAACCAUCUGACGCGGCUGAUGGUUUACCCCAUGCCGCUGAUCAGCGAUCUGCUGGAAGGUUUGGAUAAGGAUCUAUGGUACUGCUCGUUAGAUAUGGCCAGUGGAUGUUGGGUUGUAGAAAUGACUGAGCGCGCGAAACUGAUCUCAGCAUUUGUCACGCCGUUUGGCCUUUUCGAGUGGCUACGGAUGCCCUUUGGACUCAAGAAUGCGCCCCAGUUCUAUCAACGUCUUGUUGAUAACGCGCUGUAUGGAUAUCUCAAGAUCGGCCGGAUUUCAGAUUCGGACAGCCAGACCGAUGUAUUAAAAGGUGGAAAACCUGAGACAGGAUCGACGACCGUCCAUACUGGGACGGCGACCUUACAUUAA